AGCGCAGCGGUCUUUCGUGCAGCAGCAGUGAUACACGCAGCAGGCGCAAGACUGGAGACAAUCUUUUUUUCAUUCUGUUUGACACUGAACGCAAAGUUGCGAUUUAAAAAAUUAUAUUUUACAUUGGAUUAUUGGGAAAAUUAACGAAACGUGUGACAUAGAAGAACAAGAGGAGAGUGUUUACGGUGUGUUGGAGACGGGAGCUCUGGACGUUCAUGAGCUGGACUGCGCCGCAUUUGGUGGGCUGCUCCUAGCUUGGAAAAUCCCACCAUAUCCCUGACAUUUAUUCCCAACUCAACUGGAACGGAGAACUGACACUGAUGUAGAUGCAUUUUAAAGGAAAAACAUGGAAUAAAGGCUGACAUCGAAGGCGUCCUGAAGAAAAUAGCUUUUUUUGCUGUUGUUGAAAAAGUAGCCUACAGCUUCUUAAUUAAAUAACCUAUACAUUUUGUUUGUAGUCAAAUAGAGGCAUAGCCUACUCUAACAACACAUCACAAGAUGUCUGUUCCGAACAUUCUGGCUAAGGCCCUGUACGACAAUGUGGCUGAGUCUCCAGACGAGCUGUCCUUCCGGAAAGGUGACAUCAUGACGGUACUGGAGCGGGACACCCAGGGUCUGGAUGGCUGGUGGCUCUGCUCUCUGCAUGGACGCCAGGGCAUCGUCCCUGGAAACCGCCUCAAGAUCCUGGUGGGCAUGUAUGACAAGGCUGGGCAGCAGCAGUCUCCUCUCCCCCAUGCCUCCCAACCUGGCCCUGCCCAGAGCCCGAGCCAGCUGGCCUUCCCCCCGCAGAGUGCCUACUGCAAGCCCUCCCCCUCCUCCCAGUACACAGCCAUGCACCCUGCCUUCUCCAACCCUGGGCCUGUCCCCGCCCUACCUGACAGCAUCUACAUGAUGCCCCCCAACCAUGGCAAGCCUUCUUCUUCAAGCCUGUACCAGAUACCCAUGGGCCCCCAAGCCCCACCCAAGGCCCCCAUGCUCUCCCAGAAGAAGUUCCACGCUCCUGUUCAGGACAUCUAUCAGGUGCCUCCCUCAGCAGGAGGGCCUGGACCUGGGCAGGAUAUCUACCAGGUUCCCCCCUCACUGAACCAGACUCAGGACAUCUACCAGAUCCCCCCCUCCAUAGAGAAGAGGAGCUGGGACUCCUCCAAACCUCUAGGAAAGGUGGUGGUACCAACGCGGGUGGGUCAGGUAUAUGUGUAUGACACAGGGAAGUCAGAGCAGGAUGAGUAUGACGUCCCCCCCAGACACCUGCCUCCAUCCCAGCAGUCCCAGGACAUCUAUGACGUUCCCCCGACCCACGGCCAAUACAACCAGCAGGUGUAUGACACGCCACCCAUGGUGGUGAAAGGCCCCCCCAGUGGCCAAGACGUCUAUGACACGCCCCCCAGUGUGGACAAGAGCCAGCUGUUCUCCCAGCAAACGGUUUACGACUUCCCCCCCUCCGUCAGUAAGGAUGUUCCAGACGCUCCUAUCAGGGAGGAGACCUAUGAUGUCCCCCCCCACUUUGCCAAGCUGAAGAGUCUGGAGAGCCAGAGCCAGGGCUAUCUGAUCCCCGGGGGGCCUGAGCCCCCCAUCCCUGAAGAUGUGUACGAUGUCCCUCCCCCUCCCCUCACCGGCAAGCGCCACCCGGACGCCUAUCACGUCCCCCUGGGCCAGGAGAUCUACGACAUCCCUGCCAGUCUGAGGAAGGGCGGACACCAUAACCCCCAGGAUGUGUACGAUUUCCCACGCGAGCGGCCUGCGUGCGAGGACUCCAUCUAUGACGUCCCUCCUCAGGUGGUGAGAGACGCGGGUGCCACAGAGGAGAUGACUGUCAGCUUCAAACGCCUGUCUGCCUCCAGCACGGGCAGCACCCGCAGCAACCUGUCCACCUCCUCUCUGGACAUGGUGCCAGUCAGGGAGUCGGCGGUGCCCAGCCAGGCCGGCCCGGGGAAGCUGUUGAUCCUAGACCUGGAGCAGGCCAUGGAGCGCCUCUCCCACCUACAGCAGGAGGUGGAGGGCUCCGUCUCCCUCCUCAUGUCUUUCAUCAGUGGGAACUGGCGCAGCCCCACCCAGAUGGAGGCCAACCUGCCAGCCAUCCGGAAGGCGGUGGACAGGAUGAGGGUGGCCGUCAGGGACCUGCUGGAGUUUGCACGGGGGGCCGUGGCCAACUCUGCCCAGGCCACUGACCGCACGCUGCAGGCCAAGCUGGGCAAGCAGGUGCAGAAGAUGGAGGAAGCCUUCCAGGGCCUGGUCAAGUACAGCCAGGCUCUGGACGCUGUGGGCUGGGCCCCCUCUGCUCAAAUGGCACCCUUAGCAGGCAAUGGUGGGGAUGACCUGGACCGGCUGAUCAUGUGUGCCAGGGGCGUGCCCGACGACACUAAACAGCUGGCUUCCUUUCUCCAUGGCAACGCCUCGCUGCUCUUUAAAAGGACAAACAAGCAGCAGCAGCUUCCUCUUCCCCACGUCCCCCACACUGCUGACCUCAUGGGUCAGAUGACCAACAACAACAUCUCAGCUUAUCAGACAGGAGACGGCAGGGCCAACAUCCAGUCCCGGCCACUGCCGUCCCCGCCCAAGUUCACGGCCGAGGAGGAGACCCAUGACCGGCCCUACGAGACUACAGAGGAGGGCUGGAUGGAGGACUAUGACUAUGUGCAUUUACAGGGUAAGGAAGAGUUUGAGAAGAAUCAGAGGCAAUUAUUAGAGAAAGGGACCAGACACAACAAAACCACACUGGAACGGCAGCAGCAGCUGAAACAGUUUGAGCGACUGGAGCAGGAAGUCAGCCAGCCAAUCAACAAUGACAUCUCAGGCUGGACCCCGCCUCCGCACUAUCCAGCGGCCCAGCGGAGCAAGCUGAGCAUGGGCGACCGACAGCUGCUGCUCUUCUACUCGGAGCAGUGUGAGGCUAACGUCACCACCCUCACCAACGCCAUCGACGCCUUCUACUCCUCCAUCAACAACAACCAGCCGCCCAAGAUAUUUGUGGCUCACAGCAAAUUUGUCAUCCUCAGCGCACACAAGCUGGUGUUCAUCGGGGACACGCUCUCUCGGCAGGCCAAGUCCCCAGAGGUGCGGGCGCAUGUGGCCCAGCACAGUAAUGCUCUGUGUGACAAACUCAAGGACAUUGUGGUGAGCACCAAGACUGCAGCGCUGCAGUAUCCUUCCCCCGGUGCGGCGCGAGACAUGACGGAGAGGGUGAGGGAGCUGGCCGGCUGCACACAGCAGUUCCGCAUGGCUCUGGGCCAGCUGGUGGCCAUGUGAACCUCCGGUCCUGAGACACUGACAUGGGGAGUCCACACUGGGACACACAGCACCCACACACCCAGUGGGCCACUAUCACAGACACAUGGACCCUUCAUCCUCCUCUUGUGCUUUUUAUUUUUUAAAAGGACAACUAUCUGACUGGGCUGGGCCAUAGGUUGUAAAUUAAUCAUUGUAAAUAUUUAAGUUACUAUUAGCCAGAAAGAAAAUGUACUUCCACUAUAUAUAUAUGUUUUUGAGACCUUCUGGAAAAACUCAACAGGAUGUAGUUUUUAGGCAAUGUCCAUUAUUAUUAUUAUUGCUAAACUGUAAUUAUUGCUCUGAUUAUUAUAAUUGUUAUCAUUAUUGUUAUAAUACGUUGAUUAAGGAUGUUUACAUUUCAAACAAAAUGUAUGUAGUACUUAAUGCUGUUUUUCAUCCUAGAUUAUCAAUAAUGGUGGAUUUUGUAAAAGUCAUGUACUUGGGCGGCUGGUGGAGGAUAUGUUGACAGAAAAUAAAUAGCUUUCCUUAGAGCUGUCAAAGGAGGCUAGGCAUCGUGUUGUGAGUGCAAGGCAUUCUGGGUAGGACCUGGGAGGGAGAGGUUUCCAUGACAGACAGUUAAUAAAGUUCUCACUGCUGUCAUGGGACAGGAUUCAUUUGAGUAGCUCUACAUGCUAAUUAAAAUGUCCCAAUUAGAAUACUGUAUUUUAGUACCAUCUCUUCCUUUGAGAUUGAAGGAAGAAUGAAAAUAAUUUUAUGGUCAGCAUUUCUACUUCCCUUGUUCGUCAAAAGCACAAAGCUUUAUGCGUCUGUCUGCUGCCACUAGAGUGCUAGUAUUCACCACACUCUCCCAGACUCUCCUAGGCCUGCAUUCUCUGUGGUCUAUAGGGUUGGUUUGGACUCUUGUGACUCUGUUCUAGAAGUCUGUUCUAGAAGUCUCCUGUGCUCCAUAACAGGCUCUCUGCUCACCUCCCAGAGGUGGAACUCUGCCUCUCCUCCCCCUAGCACUUCCUGGACAGCACUGCUGCACCCUGCAGGCCAGGGGAACCUGUAAUGGUUAGGUGUACUGUUUGUGAGGAUAUAAUUGGUGUGAAAACUGCAUUUGUUUUCAUUAGCAUGCACUCAACCCCCUUGUAAAUUGAUGAGCAUAUUACGGAGUGGUUGUUUAUGAGCUCCGCCUCUGCUUUUUACCAAAUGGAUGUACACACACACACACACACACACACACACACACACACACACACACACACACACACACACACACACACACACACACACACACACACACACACACACACACACACACACACACACACACACACACACACACACACACACACACACACACACACACACACACACGCGUAAGAUAUUGACGGUAAUAUCUGUUAGCCUAACAUGAACCAUUCUUGACACUAUUCAUAUCACAUUGCCGCAGCUGUAUCAUAUCCCACUUCAAUAGCUGUACCAGAGGGAUGUGAGUUAGCUUGGCCAGGGGGUGUGUUUUACUAUUUCUUCAGUCCUGGAGAAAUCUCCAAACAAAGCAGAGGAAUCUGCUAACACUCUAGUUUCCAUUGACCUGUUUUCUAAAAACCUGACUGGUUGUAUUCUAAGUAUCAGAUUAUGUCAGAGGGUGAAGUUCAAUGCAACAUAUUGUAUUAUAAAGCACUGCAACAUGUUGUUGUGGAUAUAGUUGAAACCCCUAUGAAGUAAAAAAAUAAUACAUCGAAAACUAA